AUGAAUUAUGGGGAUCAACAAAGACAACAGGCAGGACAACAACAACCGCAAAUUCCCCAAUCUUCAAGUCAUAGAGCCCAAAUACAACAACACAAUCAACAACAACAACAACAAUAUGGACUUUCGCCAAUGAAUCCUAAUCCAUCUUUAAUUCAUGGUCAAGGAAUUGGUAAUAUUCAAUCUAACAUGAAUAUAAGUGUUCCAAAUACAUUUAAUAGACAAAUUAAUCAACAAAUUUUACAAAGUCAUUUUUUAGAUCCUCAUAUACAACAGCAAUCUCAUGGUAUAGGGGGUACAAUAUAUUCUGGUCAGACAAAUUCAGGGCUUACAUCACCUCGUAUUCAACAACAAUUAACAUCAGGUGCAAAUCAGUAUACAGGAAAUACACAACAAGACCAAAUAUUUAAUGCUACACAGCAAAAUUUUUUUACUCAUUCAAAUACAACUAUUCCUCAACAACAGCAACAAAGAUACCAAACAAUUAUAAAUCCAAUGUUACAACAAUCAAAUAUUUCUUGCCAACAACAAUCUUUACAACAGACACCCCAAGUUCAUCAAAUUAAUAUUCAUUCUCAAGGUAUUCAACAGCAAUCUCAUCAACAAAAUAUUCAACAACAUAUGCAACAACAGACAUAUGAUCAACAACAAAAUAUUCAAAGACAAAAUUUACAGCAACAUCAAAAUAUUCAACAAUCUAAUAUAUUUCAACAGCACCAACAUUUACAACAACCUCAGAUUCAGCAUAAUCAACCAAUUCACCAACUUCAACAUAACCAACAACAUAUUCAACAAUCUCAACAUCAUCAACAACAAUUAUUACAAGCUCACCAACAAUUACAGCAACAGUUACAACACCAAAAUCAAAUGAAAUUACAGUUGGAGCAACAAGAAAAAUUAAGAAAAGAACAAGAACAGAGAAUUUUAUUAGCUCAGCAGCAGCGUCAGCAAGAAGAAGCUAGAAAAAAAAUAAAAGAACAACAAGCAGCAUUAAAAAAGAAUGAAGAGGAAAGAAUAAAAAAGGAAGCUGAGGAAAGGAGGAUAGCUGAGGAGGAGGAACGUAAGGCAAGAGAAGAAGAAAUUCGUAGAAAAGAAGCUGAAGAAUUAUCUAAAUUAGAAGCAGAAGUUGAGAAGCGAAAGGAAGAAGCACAUGCUGAUGCAGAAGUUAUUCGUGAAAGAUUAGAAAGUUUUUCUGAACCCUUACAUUUUGCUGGUAUAAUGCCAUUAACUAAGAUAGAACGGUUUUUUCCAUUUCCAAUUGAUCAUGAAGAUUUUCAACAAAGGCCUAUUAUAAUGGAUACAAAAAAAAUGAAUGAAAGGAUUAAUAGAAUGGCUGAUGAGAAUACAGUUGAAAGAUUAUCAAAUUUAUUAAAUAAAUGUUCAAAAAUAAUGGGAAAAAUUAGUUUUAAAGAAACUGAAUUCGAUGAAAAUAUAACAUUGCCAAAUAAUUUACCACCAUUAAUAAAACAAAUUAAAGAUUCUAAUAGUAUUGCAUUUGAUUGCCCAAAAGGUUUGUCAUCUGAAGAUUUAAUGAUAACAGAAUAUUUUAUGGAGGAAAAUAUAUCUGGAUAUAACGUAGGUCAAAUGGAAAAUUUAGAACAAUUAUUAUCUUCAAAUAAUUUACCUCUUUUAUGUGAUAAUGAACCAUCUAUUUCAAUGCAAAAAAAACAACCAUCUUCAUCAUCACUUAGUGAUUGUCCUGUUACAAAAAAGAAAAAAGAUGAGGAAAUGAAAGUUAAUAAUUUUCAGACUAGUAUUGAUGAAACAAAACCAUCUGGUAGUGGACAACCAAAACUUCUUGAAUUUGAAUUAAGACAUUUUAAGAUUAAACGUAAAAAGAAGGAAUCUGAUAGUAAAGGUAAUACUAAUGAUAGACCUCAAACACCACCUGAAAUAUUAAAACAAAGACAAAAAGAUUGGUCAGAAUGGAGAAAACACCAACAAGAAAAGGUAAGUAGAAAAGUUGAUUACACUCAUGAAUGGAAUAAUGAUGUAAUGGCUGAAAAGGAGAGUUUUCAAAAGUUUUGUAAUAUAGUUGAUCAUAUUCUUGAGAAUGUUGGUGAAAUGACAAUUAAUCAAGAUGAUGGUGAACAAGAAUUUGUUCUUAUUGAAAGAUCUGAAUUAGAUGAAUUAAGAAUUGAAGUACAAAAAUUAAGACAUUGGAAACAACUUCAUAAAGUAUCAUCAGAAAGGCUUGUUAAAUUAAUGACAAUUUUAGAAAAAAAUAUUAGAGAUGUUUUAAAGGGUGAUUGUGGUUUAUUAAAACCAAUUGAAAACUUUAAUUCACAAGAUUCAUUUUUUAAGGAAUUAGUUCAUGAGAGAAUUUUAAGAGCACUUGAUGCAUGUUGUAUUGCAUUAAAUAUUUUAAAUUCACCAAAAAUGCCAAAACAAGUGUAUAUUGAAGACACUAUUGAAGGAGCUGUUAUGUUAGUGAAGCAAUUACUUAUAAAUUAUGUCUAUCCAGCUUAUGAUGUAACGAUGGCUAAAGGUUCUAAUACAAUUGCACCAGGAAGUCAAACGAUAAAGAAAAAAAAUCAAGAUACACCAAUUAAGAAAAAACGUGAAAAAGAUGUAGUUACACAAAAUAUUCGUGUAUUUUUUGCUAGAGCAGUUGAAUUAUAUGAUUGUUUUGCUGAUCUUGUUCGUAUUCAUACAAUUAAUGAAACAAUAGCUGUAAAAAUUUUAUAUCUUGGUACUGGUGCUAUGUUUGUUAAUAAUGUUGAAGAACUUCAAACAAGUGCUAUAAAUAUAUUAUCAAAUAUAUGUUCAAAAUAUACAACAAUGAGAUUUACAAUAUUACAAGAAUUAUUAAAUACAUUGCAUAGAUUACCAACUGGUAGAAAUGCUAAAAAUUGUUUUAGAUUAAAUGCUACUGAGACUGUUUCUAAUUUUACUAUUUUAGUGUUACAAUUAGUUCAAUCAAUUAUUAAAGUACCAUUAAGAAAAAAAAUGACGAAUGAUGAUGAAGGAGAAAGUUUUAAUGAUAAAAUAAUGUAUGAUGACUCGAUUGUUGAGCAAAGUUAUGAGAAGGCCAAAAAAUUAGCAACAUUUUUUUUAAAUGGUUUUUUAUCUAAAUUAUCACAAAAGGGUGAUGAUGAUUAUAAAAAACAUUUUGAUAAUUUUCUUCAAGAUAUUUUAGUUACAUUAUUUAAACCUGAAUGGCCUGCAUCAGAAUUAGUAUUAUUAGUAUUAUGUAAACAUUUAAUACAUUUUUAUAGAACAAAAUCAACUGAUAUGAGUUUAAGAAUAGCAAGUCUUGAUUAUUUAGGAACUAUUACAGCACGUCUUCGUAAAGAUACAUUAUCAUCACUUGAUAUUAAUUCUGUUACAACUAAAAAACAAAUAGAUCUUAUAGUAAAAGGAAUUAUUUUUGAUGAGAUUGAUGAUGUUAAUAAAAAUUUAGAUGAUAUUGAUAUUUCAAAUUUAUCAAAUAAUGAAAAACAUAGAAAAUUAAUGCAAGCACUUGUAGAUUAUUUACUAGCUAAACAUGGAUCUGGUGAUGUAUCUGUUGAGUAUGGUAUAUUAUUUUAUGUUGGUGAAUGGUAUAAAAAAUAUACAGAAGAUUAUGAGAAAGCAAAAGAAGAACAUCAGAAACAAAAAAAUUCAAGUGAUAGUAAUGAACGAGAUUUAAGGAAAGCUGAUAAGAAAUUUGCCAAAACAACUGAUAAAUUUACACAUAUGAAACAUUUUCUUAUCAAUUUAGCUGAUAAAAAACAUUUGAAAAAACGUUCACAACAUAUUAGAAAAACAUCAAUGAUAAUGUUAGAUGGUGAUGCACAAUGGGUUGUUAGGUAUAUGGCAUCAUCUCGUGAAUUUUCACAAUCAUUUGAUAAAUAUUUAAAACAUAUUUUGUAUGGUGUUCAUGUUGAAACUGCUAUUGGUUUACGUACAAAAGCAAUGCGUUGUUUAACACAAAUUAUUGAUGCUGAUAAUGAAGUAUUAAUGAUACCAGAAGUUAAUAGUGCUGUACAAGCACGUAUGAUGGAUCAAAAUGCUGCAGUUAGAGAAGCAACAAUAGAUCUUGUUGGAAAAUAUUUAAAUUCUCAUAUAGAAUUUUUAGAUAGUUAUUUUAAUGUUUUGAUGGGUAGAAUUAAAGAUUCAUCAUUAGCUGUAAGAAAACGUGUUAUAAGAAUUUUAAGAGAUAUUAUUGAGAAACGUUGUGAUUUACCACAAAAUUAUAAAAUAUUUACUGAAAUGGUAAGACGUGUAAAUGAUGAGGAAAGUGUUAAAAAAUUAGUUGUUGAAACAUUUCAAUCAUUUUGGUUUACUAUAACACAUGAUACUAAUGAAUUAUCAAGAAGAGCUUAUGAAAUGGCAAAAACAAUGUCUAAUUGUAACAAAGAAGGAUUACUUCCAAAUGUUGAAUCACUUUUUACAUCCUUAAAUAAACAAAUGGAUAGAGGAUUUAUUGAAUCAGGAGAACAAAUAGUUGAUGCAUUAAUUGAUAUUGUUUUAACACUUGAUCAAAAAAUAACAAAUGCAGUAAAUCAGGCUGAAGAUGUUCACGAUGAGGUUAUGAAUACUAAAUCAAGUCAUACAUUAUUAACAGGUGUAUUAUUAACAUUAUCAGUAUUUAGUUGUGUUAAGCCCAAAUUAUUAUUAAAACAUUCUGAAGUGUUAUUACCAUAUUUAUCAAUGAAAGCAAUUUCACCAUCUGAAAUACAAGUUCUUAAAGAAGUUAUACGAAUGCUUGAGAAAAUUGUUCCAUUAAUGGAUUAUCCUUCAGAUACCUUUAUAAACGCUUUAGAAGAAAGAUUAAAAGAAUUAGUACUUGAUGGUGGAAAAGUUAUAAUAGCACAAGCAUUAUCAUGCAUGAGUGCUGCAUACAAAAAGUGGAAAAAAAGAAAACCAUUAAUUUUAACUAAUUUCUUAAUAUAUUUACUUUAUUUAUUACAGCUUCGCAAAAAAGAAUUAAAAAAAAGUAUAGAAAUGAAAGAAGGUAAAGAUGAUAAAGAUAAAAAAGAUGAUUCAGAUCGUAGUUUUACAUUAAGAGCAAUUUAUACAAUUGGAAUAAUGGCUAAAUGUUAUGACUUUGAUGAAAUAAUGGCAGAUGAAGAUAAGUCAAUAACAUUAACAAAACCAUUAAUUUUAUUACUUUCUGAAAAAAGAGAUUUAAAAGAUCCAAGAUUAUUUAAAGAAACUGUCCAUGAUAUUCUUAUAACAUUUUUAAAACAUCCUACUGCUGAAAUUCGUUUAACAGCAUUAACAUCAAUGGGAUAUUUUGCUUCUGAGCAUUCUGAAUACUUAACACAUCAAGAAACUAAAAAAAUGUAUUUGUUUUUACUUACAACAAAUGAUUUAGCAUAUUUAAAACUUAAAACACAAGCACUACAAAAUUUAUCAUUAUUCCUUCAAGCUGAAGAUCAAAAAAUGGCUAAAAGUGUUGAAAGAUGGCAAGAAAAUAAGGAAUGUGAAGAUCUUAAAGAAAUGGAAUUAGGUUGUUCAGGAUUAAGUUCAUCAAUUAUUCAAAAUUAUUGGGUUUCUGUUUUAAAUAGUUAUUUUAAUUUAUAUGAAGAAGUUCGUCUUUGUGCAUCACAAGUUGUAUGGCAAACAUUACAACAAGGUUUAGUUACUCCUGGUUCAUCAAUACCAACAUUAAUUGCCAUGACUACUGAUCCACAAAUAAAAAUAAGAUACCGAAUUGAAAAUGUAUUAAAAGAAAUUGAUUCUAAAUAUACAGGAAUGAUACCAAGUAAAUCUGUUUUAGGUAUAAGAAUGGCAUCAAAAUUACAUAUAAUGUUAAAAAAAGUUUAUAAAAAUAGUAUUUUACGUGGAAUAAGAUCAUGUGAUCAAGUUGGCCAGAUAACAUUAAAUGAAUAUAAUAUACCAAAAAAUACAGAUGAUGCUGCAGCUAAAUUAUCUGGUUUAUAUACAUUAUUACAAGCAAGUAAAGAAAAAUUAUCACUUGAAGAAUGGAUAUUUGUUGCAGAUAAUUUAGCAUUAUUUCCAUAUCAAGUACUUGAUGAACCACUUUAUGUUAUUAAUACAGCUGAUAAUAUAAUAUCAUUACAUGGAAAUGAUAUAUUAGCUAAUAUUAAACAGAUGCUUUUACCAAAAGAAACAAUACAUGAAGUGUCACAUAUGGAUGAAGAUGUUGAAUUUACGGCAGAAUUUAUAUAUCGUCGACUACCAGAGGAUAAGUCUCAAAUAUUUGAAUUAAUGAAUAAUCGUCAAGCAUGUGUUUUACUAAAUGCACUUAAAUUAUUUUUAAUGAAAAUGUAUGGUUUAAAUGAAUUAAAAGUUAAAGAAUAUAGUCCUUCUGAACAGGCAAAAGUUUAUGAGAAACCUGUUACGCGCAAAAAUAUAAGUAUAUUUAAUCCUGUAUCAUGUUUAAGAGAAUUUCAUCCUGAUGUUAUUGCUAAAAGAAAUACAAUUGCUGGUCAUAUUGAGUUAUCACAUGAGAUUGUUUCAUUUAGAACAAUGCUUCUAACAGUUGAUAAAUUAGAUGAUGAUGAGUCAGUUAUAAAAUCAUCACCAUCAGAUUAUGCUCAAAGUGCACCAAAUGAUUCAGAAUCACAGGAUGACUAUGAUGAUUAA